AUGCUCGAAGUGAAAUUUUUGCAGGUAGCCAUUGGCAGUGGUGAAGAAAAGUCAUUUGUGCAAGCUGCUGAGAGCUAUCUUCAGGAACAUUACAAUAAGGCUUGGGAACACCACGUUUCCCUUCCAGUCGAUUACCACAUUCCGAAUGAGGCGUUCGACUGUCAUGUCCAUUGGACAGAAAAGUCGGGUGACGUGGUGCUGAGGCCACCACUUCAAGCCGAUAUCGAUGUUUUCAAGAGCUUGAGAGUAAUAUGUGGUGAUGCUCCAUCUCUGCUUAUUUCCAAUGAGGUGCUCCAUGAAACAUUUAGCUCAAAACACCAAUUUACUUCCCAUCUUCGUAAGGCCUGUCCUCCAACAAAUGAAGAAGUUUUGAAAAUACUUGAUGAUCCCUUUGAUGGUGUCACUUUUCUGUCUUACCCAAGUGAAGACAAGGUGUACUGCAUCUUCUUCAAAAUAUCUUCCCUUGUGACUGCCGAUGUAUCGACUGAAGAUAGGGAAAACCUAUUCCAUCAGCAGAAGCUAGUAAAUGAAGAUGUGAAUUCACCAUGGCUACUACUCGUGACAGGAGCUCCGGGCACAGGAAAGACAAUUGUUGUGAUCCAGAAGGCAAAAAAUCUCGCGAAAGACUCUACAAAAACAGUGGUUGUGAACCUCGCAGGGGGACUCCUCACAGAAAAAUUCCAAGAAGCAUUUAAAGGAAUAGAGAAUAUCAUCGUGGUGGAUGGCAAGAAGGAAAAAAUCCAGGAGAACCGUGAUGGAAUUGUCUCCUUUCUUGAAAAAGAAGGAAAGGGGAGACACGUUCUGUUUGACGAAGUCCCUCUCACUCUGGGACUUCAAGGUCGUUUAAAUGAAGAGAGUCUCUCAGAACGCUGGAAUUUUAUCUUUAAAUUCCAGAGAAAAGUGAAAAGCCUUACGUUCGUAUUCCGUCCGAAUGAUACUGAUUAUAAGAGGGACAUCGACCUCCAAAAAGUCAACAUCAAAGACGGAAGAGGAUCAAGUAUCGCAAUCAACGUCUUGAAUGCAGUGAAAAGGAACACGCUGGAGGUGUCGAAAUUAUUUUUAGCCCUCAGCAACUACUCACGCAGGAUCUUCGUUUGCCAGGAACCCACAAUAAGGUAUAUGGAAUUCCAAAGCCCAAAGAAACCACUGACGCCAUACGUAUUUCCCAUUCUCUCUUGCUUCGCUCUCCAUGAUGCCUGCAAGAACAGCCUAAUAUGUGAGGCUGUCAGAUCUUCUCAAGCCUUACAAACAAAUACUGUUGCUGUAGUAGACACGAUCGAACGACGAGAUUGUCUGGUGAAAACUCUGCGAGUUCUCUCUCGGCAUCAGAAAAACAAGACGCAAGUCGGAUUUGUGGACUCAUUUGGACAAUUUCGCGGGGAUCCGAACUCCUCUGUUUUAGUUGUAACUGCUGAUCAGAUUCUAGGAUGCCAUUUUCAGGAAGAUGUUGUUAUCCUAGACCUUUGCGGCUUCGUUUGGAGGAAUUAUCCUCGCAUGAUAUCAUCACAUCGCGAGAAUAUCACCAUUGCCACGGAGCGGGAAGCUAUAGACACAGGAAAGUAUUCACAACUCAAAUUAUCGCACAGACCUUCCUCAAAUAAUAACCCACACAUCAAGGUCAAGCUAUUAAAAAUGUUGGACAUUGUGUUGAAAGAGGAAGAAGAGAUAACGAAGAAAUUGGUUGAACCUUUUGAGUCUGAGAUUACUUUUGCUUUGAGGAGCGAACAAAGGAAGAAUUCGUGCAGUCUUCAAGUAGAAGGGAGAACACCAAGCAAGUUGACCGUCAUUUUUGGGCCUCCAUGCUCAGGAAAGAGCAAAAAGUUGUUAGAUAUGAUAACAAAUUGUAUAAAGACUCUCCGCAAUCAAGAACGUCGAGAAGGAAUCCUCGUGCUCCAUUUGGGAAGCACUCUUAGUCAGAAGGACUUGCUGGUUCAUCUUGGUGAUUAUUUUGAUAUGCUAGAUAUUGAACGGGCGAACAUAUUGACGCCUAUAAACAUAAUCAACCACGAGAGCGUGGAUAAAGUGCGGUGGAAAUUUCAGUGUUCAACUGUCCAUGUGUAUGUUGAUGAUUAUUGCAUCCAAGCCACUGACACUAAUGAAGAAAAAAAGAAUUGGACUCAAGCACUUCAGGAGUUAGUGGAAAUUAACAGUGGGAAGCAGAAGCUAAUCCUGCAUGUCGUGUUCCAAUCUCACUCAAAAAGUGGUAAAAAAAUUUCUAUGAUGGAGCUGACGAAAUUCUUUGGGGAGCUUAAGGUGGAUGUGGAGGUUGUCAAAACAUGGGAAGGAAACAAACCCAAACAGUGUACCAACCCGGAGCUACUCAAAAGUUUCUAUGGGAAUGAGGCAUGCAAGUCAUUCCAGUUAGGUGUCAACAGUCUUCCCACAGUCUCCCGGCCGGCUGCACUUGUCCCGGGCAGUACUCCUAAGCACAUCCAUGUGGAGUAUGAGUGCAAGGGCAAGCAUUCGGGUUAUAACUGCAAGGGACAAGAGAACUGUAUGCCGUAUUUAGGUGCAUUUAUCUGCUUCCGUCAUGCAGAAAGAGAAGUGCCAGAGGGUGAACUCUUAUACGUACUGGUCUCAGACGACGAUAUGAAGUCCUUUCUGGAGUCCUGUAUAGGUGACCCGAAAUAUUCCUCAAGGAGCAGUGACCUCCACAAAAUGCAAUUUGUUCAUCCCAUGGAUUUCCGGGGAUGUGAAUCCAGAUUUACUAUAACUGUGAACGUAGAGGCUUCCUGGCUUCUUGAGAGCUUGUCCAGAGCCCAAACGAAUCUUUAUGUUAUCGAUUGUUUGCCAGAUCAUCAAGAAGUUUGGCUUACGAUGUGGGAAGAAAGUAAAGUACAUCGAGAGAUAAUACCGAAUGAAGAUAUUGAUCGAGACAUCCUUCUAACCCUUAAUGCAAAAGGAAAAUUCCUUGAUCUGGUAGAUUUCGAAAAUGUACCAACCUGGAAUGACACCGCACGGAGUGUUGGCGAAGAGGUAAUGAGGAAAGUGGAAAAGAAAAUGAAGGAAGUAGGCAAUCUGGACUUAGGAUCGGAUGGCGUCCUUCUUCUCCCUCCUGAGACACUGGGGGUCUUAAAUCGCCUCAUCCCCGACGGUAUUUCUUCGUCAUCAUCCCCAUUUCGUGACUGGGGAUACGUGCAUAGACGCGGAUCGCCAGGAGCAGUGCCUGAAGCACCAGAAAAAGAGAGAGACGAGAUCCUCUCAGAACUCGAAAGAAUGGGACUGGAGUGGGACAAGGAUCCUCCUAUACCCUUAGAGACUGAAGGGGUGUUGGAGGCCCUCUCUGUCUCCCUUACUGGAUCCCUCCUCCAUUUACCUCACCUCAAGAGGAGAUUGGUGAAAGUGAUCCCCGAUUUCCUUGGGCCUCUCCUACAUUUCGGAGCAGUUCUCCUUCAGAGGACCAUUGUGCUCAUCAGAAAGAAUAAGAGAAGCUCUUGGCGGAUGUGGAUGUUUGUGAAUAAGCUUCCUCCAGUGCAUGGACCCUACAGUGUCCCUUCAACCCUAAAGAAACUUUCCUUCAAGGGGAAGAUAGAUGUGGAGUGGAUGUCCCAUACAGUUCCUCUCUUGUGGGCCCUGGAAUGGGACCAAAAGGAAAUAGGUCCUCUCAGCUACGAGGAGCUGCAGAAGCACGUGAAUAAACUGCAUAACGAAUCGGACGCUUCAUCUGAAAGAGCACGCAUCAAUCGGACGGAGUUGAGCAAGGCUUUAGAAAAUAAAGGCGUCAUAAAAUGGGCCGACGAGAGAUACGGCGUCUCCAGAGACCUGACGGCGGAAGUGGCAUGCUGUGGAGACGAUGGAGGGCUGGAUGCCUGA